UUUGACCAACUACUAUUACUCUUCUAUACUCUAGUAUUAACUUCUAUAGCUACUACAGUAGCACCAUGGUGUACUGUUUUAACUGUUCUAGCUAUUAUGAUAGCAUUCCAAGGAAUUUCUAUGGGAGUAUUAGACACAGGUGGUAAUGUGUUGUGUAUCAAAAUAUGGGGGAGAAAAAGUGCACCAUACAUGCAAUUACUUCAUUUUGCUUUUGGUGUUGGAGCAUGUAUUGCUCCUUUAUUAGCAGAACCUUUUCUAAUGAAUCCAGAACUCUUAGCUCAGGCUAACAACAAUAACGUUACCUCUGCCGAUCUCUUCAACUCUGCUCUCAAUGCUUUGUCAAACAUGUCCAACAUACAGUUUGCCUACAUGAUAAUUGGACUGCUGCUGGCAGUCAAUGCCAUUAUGUUUCUUGUAUUGUAUUGUAAGGAAAAUCACAAAGAUGUCCCAACACCUCAAGAGGAAAAGGAGAACAAACUUCGUCAAGGUACAGCCACGUUUAGAAUUGUCAUUCUGACAUUACUGUUCUUAUUUUUCUUUGUUUACGUUGGUAUGGAGGUUACAUAUGGAGGACUACUUUCAACAUUUUCUGUGAAACAAAUGAACUGGACAGAGCAGGAAGGAGCCACAGUGACCUCUGCAUUUUGGGGGUCGAUUGCUGCUGGUCGUGGUAUAGCUAUUUUGGUAGCGAAACUGUGCUCACCACCAUGUAUGCUCAUUGCAGACUUAUUUCUAAUAAUUCUUGGAGCUAUAAUAUUAUGUUUUGGUACAUUGAAAUCCGAUAUUUUCUUGUGGAUUGGAACUUUGACUCUUGGAUUAGGAAUGUCUUCCUUGUUUCCGACCGGAAUUUCUUGGGCUGAUCAUUACUUUCCUCUGACAGGGAAAUCCACUGGAAUUUUAAUUGUGGGAUCAUCAUUGGGUGAGAUGAUUGUUCCCUUUAUAACUGGAUAUAUUUGUAGUCAUGAGUCAGAAAUGGCGCUCAUGUACUCCAUGUUGGUCUGGGGAUCCAUUUCCCUUAUAAUUUAUAUCAUCAUGCAGAACGUGGCAUCCAGUAAAAAGACUAUAAGCUUGAUCCAUACUCCAUCAAGAGAUGGUUUUGAACCUUUAAGAGAUGAUGAUGAUGUUUUACCCCUAGAUCUGAUUGAAUCUCCAACAUAUACCAAUGGUUUGACAGAGAGUACUCGAAGUCGACAACCCAAGAUACAGUUUAAACCAGAAAAGGAGUCGAAUGGAGAAUAUAAAAGAUUGAUAGAUUUCAGUGAUCAAGAAUUUUCUUGA